AUGAUUACUGUCAUGUUUGAUCCCGGUUUUAGUUCGCGAAAACGGUGAAAACACGUUUAAUCUGCUUAUCGCUCCGCAUGGGAAACAAGUAUAAGUUGGUGUUGAAUCUUUUUGGCACUUGCACUCUCUGAAAAACAGUCGAACAUCGCUGUGUCAUUAGGCUAACUAGUUAUAAACUCCAUAGUGCUGAAUCUGAUAACCUAUUCAAUCGUUUGCCGGCUUGUGAUAAGUACAUAACUCAAAAAUGUCUAAGCCGUCGUAUAAGAUUGCCGAUAUAAGUUUGGCUGAAUUUGGACGCAAGGAAAUCAUUCUUGCUGAAAAUGAAAUGCCUGGUUUGAUGGCAUGCCGAGCCAAGUACGGACCGCAAAAAAUAUUGAAGGGAGCACGGAUAGCUGGUUGCUUGCAUAUGACGAUCCAGACAGCGGUGUUGAUUGAAACGCUGGUCGAGUUGGGAGCAGAGGUUCAAUGGAGCAGCUGUAACAUAUUCAGCACGCAAGACCACGCGGCUGCAGCCAUUGCGAAGACUGGCGUCCCGGUGUACGCGUGGAAAGGCGAAACCGAUGAAGAAUAUAUGUGGUGCAUUCGACAGACGCUUGUUUUUCCAGAUGGACAACCAUUGAAUAUGAUUUUGGAUGAUGGAGGCGAUCUUACCAACCUAGUUCAUACCGAGUAUCCUCAGUAUUUAGCGGGAAUCAGAGGAGUCAGCGAGGAAACUACAACUGGUGUCCAUAAUCUGUAUAAGAUGCUCAAGGAAGGUAAACUGGGAGUGGCAGCUAUCAAUGUUAACGAUUCUGUGACCAAGAGCAAAUUUGAUAAUCUGUAUGGAUGUCGGGAGUCAUUGUUGGAUGGUAUUAAGCGAGCCACCGACGUUAUGAUCGCUGGGAAAGUCUGCGUGGUGGCUGGAUAUGGCGACGUUGGUAAAGGUUGUGCACAGGCACUCAAGGGAUUCGGUGGCCGAGUGCUCAUUACGGAAAUUGAUCCAAUAAACGCGCUUCAAGCAGCGAUGGAAGGUUUCGAAGUGACCACAAUGGAGGAAGCGAGCAAGGAAGCACAGAUUUUCGUAACCACAACUGGAUGUACCGAUAUCAUUAUGGGUGAACAUUUCAUGAAUAUGAAGGACGAUUCAAUUGUGUGCAACAUCGGACAUUUUGACUGCGAGGUCAACGUUGCUUGGCUAGAAAAGAACGCAAAGGAAAAGAUUAACAUUAAACCUCAAGUCGACCGUUAUCUUCUUCCCAGCGGAAAUCACGUCAUUUUACUUGCGGAGGGACGCCUCGUAAACUUGGGAUGUGCCACUGGUCACUCCAGUUUCGUUAUGUCAAACUCAUUUACUAAUCAAACGCUAGCACAGAUUGAACUAUGGACUAAACCGGAGCAGUACAAAAUCGGAGUUUAUGUUUUGCCGAAAAAAUUGGACGAGGAAGUCGCAGCUUUGCAUUUGGAUAAACUCGGAGUAAAACUCACUAAACUAAGCCAGAAGCAAUCAGAUUAUCUUAAUGUUCCAGUCGAGGGUCCGUACAAACCCGAACACUAUCGCUAUUAGCUAACAAUCUUAUCUGGUCAAAUAAAGUUUCAGUUUUAUUAAAAAAUA